CUAAAUACAAGAAUCUGGAUCCAGAACAAAUAACAAGACUACUCACAAUAACACACAUAAGGAUAAUAAUAUCUAUCUAAUCCCACCCUGCAUCUAGCCCAUCCCCACUCAGUAUCACAGCCCAGUGGAAGUCGGUCUGCAGCGCCGCUCAUCCAUCCAUCCAUCCAUCCACUUGCGGGGCGACGUCGCACUCCUCUUCUUCUUCUUCUUCUUCUCACCCAUUUUCUUCUUCCUCUUAACCAUCCUUUCCCUCUUUCUUCUUCAACCUCAUCUUACAUGAACCAGAUCUCCAUCCUCUCAUCUGCAACUUCUGCUCUUGUAUCGCAGAGGGGCCCUUGUCGACCAUGCUCGCCACCUCCAUGACCCCGCAACAGCCUUCCUCCAACAUGGCCUGCAGUUUGGCCCCAACGACCAACACCCGGUCGACGAUCGCCUCCCGACCCAAACUCACCCUUCAAACAUCAUCCCUACCCUUGACUUUCGGCACUUCCUCCACGGGCCUGUCGCUCUCACUGGUUGCCGGCUCGACCGCAUCCCCCACCGUCCGGAAUACCUUCAAGAAUGCCUACGACGUGACUGCGCCCGUCUCCGCCACGGCCUCCCCCUCCUCAAAGUUCCCCAGUCACCGGUUCAGCAAGCCCUCAUCACCCUACACCACCCACAACCCAUACCAACUACCCAUGGGGGUGCGCAGCAUCCUGCGCAACUCCCCGCUCGAGCCCAGCUGCCGUCGCCGGUCCACCUCGGUGGCUACCAACGGGACGACCGGCGCUCCCGCCACGAGGCGGGUGUUCUUCCCGGCCAAGAAGCAAGUCAGCUACCGCUACCCGUUGGAGGAAGAAAUCCAAAAUGUCCAUUACACUGCGCGCCACUCGGACCUCCACGACGUGGAGGAAGAGCGCUCGAAACCAAGCACCAGCGCAAGCACACCCAGCGAGGAUUCCGAUUCCGCCGCCAACAACUCAUCAUCAUUAUCUUCAUCAUCCGACACAAACACCUCUGACGACGAACCCCAACCCACCUUCAAACCCAACCUCCUGUCGCCCGUGGAACGGAAGAAGCGAAAGCACCAAAAGGCCGAACGGCAGGUCCGCGCGGUCGCCUUGCGAGAGAAGCUGGGGGACAUGACACCACAGACGCCGGUGCGCAAACGCGCCAAGCGGCGCUGCGAAUGGCGCUGGACGUUAGGGCCGUUGGAGAAUCGGGACAGUCUCCUGCCGCCUCCCAUCCCGGAAGAGCAGGCGGCAGCACCCGGGGCAACAGCAUCGUCCUCGGGAUCCGACUCCAGCCCAUCCGACCGGGGCUCCCGACCAUCAUCGACGGAAUCAUCCCCGUUGUUGAGUGCGACUCCCUCGCACGCGCAAUCCAGUCCCAGUUCGUCUGUCGCAUUUGAGCUGGAAGGAACCGACGAGUCCAUGAAGAUCACGACUCACGAACCACAACGCCCUGCUACCGACCUCUCACGAUAACACCCCUACAACCAACCAUGAUGACUUGCGCUUCCAAUCACGAACUCAUGCAUAUAGACGGCAGACGACUUUCUGAAAUUUCAUUCAUUCCGGAUCCGGCCCUUCCCGGCUCAUUUUUCUUUAACUUUUGUCCGUGGACACGUUAUCUUCCUGGAUUGUCUAAGACAUUUCCAAGGCGGUGGUGCGAUGAUGUCAUCACCAGAACCCCCAGACCGCCCCCCUUUUAUAUCAUACUUUCUAUGUAUAUAAUUCCUUUUCUUAUUUUAUAUUUCUAAUACAUACAAACCAAUAUCCGCACAUGCAUGCAUGCAUGCAUGGCAAAUCACUGUGCAGGAUUAAUUAAAAUCGCACCC